AUGGCUCGCACAAAGCAGACCGCUCGCAAGUCGACCGGUGGCAAGGCCCCGAGAAAGCAGCUGGCUACCAAGGCGGCCCGCAAGAGCGCGCCGGCCACGGGCGGCGUGAAGAAGCCGCACCGCUACCGGCCGGGCACCGUGGCCCUGCGGGAGAUCCGGCGCUACCAGAAAUCCACCGAGCUGCUGAUCCGCAAGCUGCCCUUCCAGCGGCUGGUGCGCGAGAUCGCGCAGGACUUUAAGACGGACCUGCGCUUCCAGAGCUCGGCUGUGAUGGCGCUGCAGGAGGCGAGCGAGGCCUAUCUGGUGGGGUUGUUCGAAGACACGAACCUGUGUGCCAUCCACGCCAAGCGAGUGACCAUCAUGCCCAAGGACAUCCAGCUGGCCCGCCGCAUCCGCGGGGAGCGGGCCUAG